AUGAAAUAAAUUCCUUGUUUGAAACAUGAUGGAUCAUAUUUGUUAUUUAUAAAACAAGAUAAAGAUAAAACUGAGUAUGUUUGUGAGGAAUGUUGUAUGGAUUUAGAAAAACAAAAAAUUAAAGUAGAAUUAUAGAAGUUAAUUCAUAUCAAGAAUGUAAUAAUUUCUUAAUAUAUUAUAAUAGGCACUAAGAUCACCAGAAUUUCUACUUUCAAAAUUGGAUUUGUCCCCUUUCCUCUCAUAAUUUUUUGGAGAAUUAGAUAUUUAUCAUGAAAGAAACAUGAAUAUUAUUCUAAAUGAUUUUUAGACUUAGUUUUCCAACAUUUAAAAUGCCCUAUAAGCAAUUUAUAAAGAAUUAGAAAGGCAUGCGAAAGGGUUUCUAGAAAUGAAAUAGAAAAUUAGUGAAGAAUUAAAAAAAGUAAUUAUUUUAUCAAUAUUAGAUUAUCAAAUUUGAUUAAUUUAAAUAAUUUGCAGUUAAUCUCGAAUAAUUAGGAGAUUCGAUUAAUCCUUAAGCUAUUAAAUAAAAUGAACAAAUUUUACAUGAAUAUUUAAAAGAUCUUACAAAAAAUAAUUGUUAAGAAUUGAAUUAAAAAUUGAUUGAUAUGUUAGAUCAAAUGAAACGAGAACCGAAAGAUCCAAAAGAAGAAUAAUAUCCUUAAUAUAGAAAAUUAGAAGAAUAAUUUAAAUAAUUAAAUGCUAGCUAGACCGAAUUUGCAAAAUAGAUUAAUUUAAUACACUUUGGAUAAUUAGAUUCAAAGUUAAUUUCUAAUUAAUAAUCAUGGAAGAUAACUAAUAUCAUUUAAUCUAAAUUGAAUAAAAAAGUAACAAACUUUUCAUAAAUAUAUUUGGGAACUAGAGAUGGACUAAGUGGAUAAGCUUUUUGGAAUAAAGUAAAUGGGAAAUCGAAUUUAUUAAUGAUAUUCAAAUCUAAAAGUGGAUAUAUUUUUGGUCAGUUCUCUCCUUGUUAAUGGAAUUAAAAUUUGAAUGCUUAUGUUUAAGAUAAUACAAUGUCAUCCUUUUUAUUUUCUUAGACUCAUGAUUAAAUAUAUCCUUUAAAAGAUGCAAACAAAUAGAAUGCUAUUUAUUGUCAUUAAUCAUAUGGACCUUAUAUUGGGGGUGGUGAUAUAUAUAUUACAGCAGAUUUUCAGAAUGGUUCUUCGAAUUUGGGACAUUCCUAUUAAUGUGAUUAAUAUUAGAUAAUUACUAAGAACACCCAUUUAUAUGGUUAAACAACUCCAAAUAUAGUGGAAUGCGAGAUUUAUCAAGUAAUACUUACUUGAAUGAAUA